CCUGGACUGAAGCACACAAGGAGAAGUAUAAAUACCCCUGGCAAAUUGCUGGGAAUUCAGUGGGAUCUCCAGACAGAAGGAGAGGAACAGUGACAUUGAGAACGGGCCGCACGGAUAUAUCUGGGCUCAAACCAACGCCAUGGGAUGCCAGAGUCCUCUCUUGCUCUUCCUUUGCUUAGUUCUCACCAUCAGUGUGCAGUUGUCAAAAGCUCAGCACUGGUCUCAUGGGUGGUACCCUGGAGGGAAGAGAGAGAUCGAUUUGCCACCAAGUCCAGAGGUCUCCGAGGAUAUCAAAUUAUGUGAUGGGGAAGACUGUAGUUAUCUGAAGGUCCCAAGAGAGAAAAUUGUGAAGACUCUACUGGCUGACAUGCUAGCAAGACAACUUCAGAAGAAGAAAUGACAACCCUUUCUGUUGUGCUUGAGAAUAUUUAGCAUCUGAGCAGACAGCUCACGUCUCUUAUGCUUAAUGUAUUUUGUUUGUAGACUUGAUGUGCAUUGCCCAGCCGUUUAGGAAAUUCUCAUUUGAACACUGUAGCGAUCUUUGCUUGGUUCCCAGCAUGCAGACACCUGACCAUAGUGGCUGAAAUAGCACGUAUUGCCUGUUGACCAGAGAGAAGAAAGACUCAUGGGGAGAUCUCUUUUAAAACUCCAGUAAAACUCCAGUAAUUGAAUAAAAUAUUUAUUUUGCUACAUAUACAAA